UACUAGACCCUGCGGCAUUCUACGGGAAGUACCUGAAUCUCGGUAGAGGGCUACCUUUCUCCCUCACUGUUCUUUGGUUCUCGAGAACGGCGGCGCCAUGGUUGUCCUGUCUCAAUGGCCUGAGUCGGUCUUUCGAGGUUUAAUUUCAGAUCAUGACACCGUGGAAAUUCGAGGGAUUUGACGAUGCCGAAGCUUAUCCAAAACCAGUGAUUCGCCUUUAUCUCAGAUGAUGCAGGUGAUAUUUUCUCUGCUUUAUAUAAUCCAGCGGACGGACUCUCGUAUGGAGCACUUCCACCAGAUUGAUUCAUAUCAAACACACACACACUAUUCAGUACCCGAUACCUAGACGCACUGGUCCCUUGACAACACUGGCGAUGAAGUGCCAAUGACCUCCAAGUGCGGAAUUCAUACCCCGACUCGCCGUCUGGAGCAGGACAGUAACCAAUCUUCGCCUCGGCCGAUCGAUAUGGCGGCGCAUCCGCCCCUCCCAACCUUUUCCACCCUGGCCGCGAUUCAAAACAAGAUCCGGUCGCUCCAGCCUUUCGGGCACAUGCUCCAGCAACGGCUUCAUUCCGAGGCCACGAAGAUCGAACCGGACCUCCGGCGGCUGUGCGCCACCGCCAAUUGCCUCGACCGGCUCCGAGCCGAGCUUGAUCGUCUGCGGGUGGACUUGACGAUGAUGCAAAUGGCCCUGGCCGAACGGAAAUCCGAGUCGGAGGCUGCGGCUCGCGCUAGGGCCGAUGCUGCUGCACGUGAAUCGCAGGACGAUUGGCGGAAGGUGAUAGGGGUGAUGAACUCGGACGACUCGGAUGACGAUUCAGACGAUUCAAACGAUUCAGACAAUUCAGACGAUGACUCAGAUGACGACCCUUACGACGACCCAUACGACGAUUCGGAUGAUGAGCGAGAAGACGAAAGAUUUACGUAUAUCGCUCAUAACGCUCCUGACGUGGUCAACGGCCCUAACGUGGCCAAAAGGGGGGCCGUGGUCACAGUGGUCCCUAUCGAGAGCAAUGAGACCGACACAGUGGGCGUUGUGGAAUGAGAAAAUGAUGUUAGCUUUGGAAACGCAACGGACACGGAACAGGACCCGGCGUGGUGCGCUCUGGGAAAUUCAAAGGCAAUAUAUACCGGAUGAACAGAAGAGUUCUAGUACCGGGUCGCGAGAUUUUAAUCGCAGAGAUAAAUGGAGGCCAUGAUUGUAUGAGUACGGAAGUAUUAAGUAUAGAAGUACCUAAUAGGCUAAUAGAUUUAAGAUGAUAGAAAACGGCUGUCUAUGCUGUAGAUCUGGACAGUGAAGGUAAAGGAAAGGGAAGCAUUAGAGAAGAGGGUUGGCAAGGGUUCAACAGAGGUCCAACGAAGAAGAUGCCACAGAAUAUCUGUGUU